UAUAUUUAAUUUAAAUCAACACAAAUUGUGUAUAAAAAAAUAUUUAUAAAGUUAAAUUUUAAUCCAUAUAAUAAAAUCUGCACUGAAAGAAUCUACUGACUUAUGUGUUGUUACCGGUGUGAUAUAUAUUAUUAACAGGUUAUUCUAUGCUGAAAAAUACUUAAGAUGGCUUUAAAAAUUUCUGUUAAUACUGGAAAUAUUGAUUUGGAUAAUAAAAUCAAUGAAUGGUUGAAAUGGAACAAGGAUGUAAUUCAUGAACAUAAAGUUCAAGAACUCAUCCUUAAUAAUAAUAAUAAAGUAUUAUCUUCCUUAUUCUUAAAAAGACUUGAAUUUGGUACAGCUGGUUUAAGAGGUCGUAUGGGUCCAGGAUAUAAUCAAAUAAAUGAUUUAGUUAUAAUUCAAACUGGUCAAGGUUUAUCAAUGUAUUUACUUGAUACCAUAGUUGAUGCAACUGAAAAAGGUAUUAUAAUAGGAUAUGAUGGACGUCAUUGCAGUAAAAGAUUUGCAGAAUUAACAGCUGCAAUUUUCAUGGCAAGAAAUAUAAAAGUCUAUCUUUUUUCAAAAGUUGUACCAACUCCAUUUAUACCUUAUAGUAUAUUAAAAUAUAAAUGUGCUGCUGGAGUAAUGAUUACAGCAUCUCAUAAUCCUAAAAAUGACAAUGGUUAUAAAGUUUAUUGGGAGAAUGGUGCACAAAUAAUAUCACCACAUGAUAAAGAAAUUCAAAAAUAUAUAUUUAAUCAUUUGGAACCAAUGGAAUCUUCAUGGAAUAUAACAAAAAUUUAUGAAAAUUCUUUAUAUCUAAAUCCAUGGGAUAAUAUUAUGCAAUCUUAUUUUAAUGAUCUCAAAGAAACUGUUUUAUAUCCAGAAGUAAAUAAAAAUACAAUAUUAAAAUUUACUUAUACUCCUAUGCAUGGAGUUGGAUAUCAAUAUAUGACUGCAGCUUUUAAUGCUGCAAAUUUUAAGCCAUUUAUAAUAGUGGAAGAACAAAAGUUACCUGAUCCAGAAUUCCCAACUGUAAAAUUUCCAAAUCCUGAAGAAGGAAAAAGUACUCUAGAUCUUAGCAUACAAGUGGCAAAUAAAAAUUCUUCUUCUAUUAUUCUUGCCAAUGAUCCAGAUGCAGAUAGAGUAGCUUGUGCUACAAAAAUGAAGAAUGAUGAAUGGUAUAUUUUUUCUGGUAAUGAAUUGGGAGCACUUUUGGGUUGGUGGAUGAUACAUAAAUAUCAAGUACAACAUACUGAUACAGACUUUUCAAAUGUAUAUAUGUUAGCAUCUACAGUUUCAAGUAAAAUUUUAGCAUCAAUGGCUAAACAAGAAGGAUUUAAUUUUGAAGAAACAUUAACAGGUUUUAAAUGGAUGGGUAAUAAAACUAUAGAACUAGAAAAAAUGGGUAAAAUAGUUCUGUUUGCAUAUGAAGAAGCUAUUGGAUUUAUGUGUGGUUCAAAAGUUUUUGAUAAAGAUGGCAUCAGUGCUGGAAUGCAUAUAGCAGAAUUAGCUGCUUAUCUUGAAACUAUGGGAUUAACUCUGCAUGACAAGUUAAAUGAAAUAUAUAAUCAAUAUGGAUAUCAUAUAUCUAAGAAUUCAUAUUGGAUAUGUCAUGAACCAAAUAUAAUCAAAAAAAUAUUUGAAAGAUUACGGACAUAUUUGGGAAAACCAAAUACAUAUCCAACAAAUAUUCUCAAUGGAAAGUAUCCCAUAAUAGGUAUUCGUGAUUUAACAACUGGUUAUGACAAUACAAAACCAGAAAACAAGGCCAUUUUACCUAUUUCAAAAUCUAAUCAAAUGAUAACAUUUACAUUUAAAAAUGGUUUAGUUGUAACAUUAAGAACUAGUGGUACUGAACCUAAAAUUAAAUAUUAUAGUGAAUUAUGUGCAUCUCCUGAAGAACAAGAUAUUGAAGUGUUAAAAACUAUUCUUGAUGAAAUGAUAUUGGCUAUUGUGAUGGAAUUUCUUCAACCUGAAAUAAACAAUCUUCUAUGUCGUGAUAAAGAAGAAAAGUAGUUAAAAAAAGAAUCUUAUAAUUUAAAUUUAUUGUUUUACAAAAUAAUAUUAUUAUAUUUUCUGAUAACAUAUCGUUAUUCAAAAGUGUUAAUAUAUUUGUGGAUUAGAUAUCUUUGAAUCAAAUAUAUAGAAGUCAAAAUAAACAUAAAAAUUAAUGUAUAUAAAUAAACAAAAAUUUCUAUAGUUCUAUUUCUUUUAUCUAACAUAACUUUUAAUUGCUUAUAAUGUAAUAAGUGAGCUUCAAUUGAGAUUUUUGUACAGCAACUUUUGUAUUAAUUCUAAUCUUUAAAAUCAAUUUUUUAAAGAUCUUCCAAAAUAUAUUAACAUCCUGUAUACAAUUUAAUUAACUUUAUAAUUUCUCAUUAUUUAUAAUUAUAAUCAAUGUAUUUAAUUUGAUAAUUUUUUUCUUGAAAUAGAACAUAGUUCAUUAUAUUAUAUAAGAAAAAAUAUGGAGCAAUAAGUUAAUGAUUGUUAAAAAUUUUGUAAAUUUUUACAUAAUUUUUUCAAAAAAUAUUUAUAUUAAUAAAUUAAGGAAUUGAAAGAAACACACACACACACACACAUAUAUUAUGAAUGUACAGAUUUAUAUUUCAUUUUAAUAUAUUAAUAAUUUAUAUUAAUUUCAAUAACAUGUUAACAUAUUUUUUUAAUAAUUUUAUUUCUUUAAUAUACACUUCAAUAUAUUUUAAUUACACGUUCAAAUUAUAUAGAUAAAUAUGUAUAUAUUUUCAUUUAAUAAUAUAUUACUUUUAUUUUUAUUCCAUUUUCUAAACAUAAAAUGUAAUACACUGAAAAAUGCAAUUUUAUUAUAUUAAAACAUUUUUAAUAUUUUAUAUUUUAUUUAAAAAAAAUAGAAAAUUACCUGUUCAUCUAAAAAGUUCAUGAGAGUAUUCAUUUUACAUUUGAAACCUUCUGUUUUUAACAUAGAAUAUAAAGUAUUAAUACAUAUUGGUUCAUACAUUAAAAUUUUAUUGUGUAAUUCUGUUUUAACAGAAAGAAUUUUUAAAAACAUAUCUUUAAUAUUUGUAUUAUCAAUUGAAGUGAGUUCAGAUUCAUCUAAUUGUUUUUCUUUAUUAAUUAUUUUUAGUGAUAAUUCUUUAUUUGUACUGUUAAUAAUAUAUAAUAAUAAUUAUAAAACUUAUAUUAAUUUAUGAAAAUAUUUUAAAAUUUUAAUAAUAAACUCAAUAUUACAAAUAUGUAACAUACUAUUCCUGGGAUAACCCUAAUUGAUAUUCAUAAUUAUCAAUACAAUCAAUAUCUUUCCUAUUAUAUAUUUUUUUCAUUGGAGGUUCAUCAUCUUCACUAGUACUUAUUACCAUUUUAGAUUCUACACUUUUUGAUGUACAAAUUGUUGGAUGUAAUUCAUCAUAAAUAUAUGUUAAUAAUUUUAUA